ACUUUAUCUGAGAUCUCACAGUGCGAAUGCGCAUGCGCAAAUAAUCCGUCUGAAAUCAUUUUUACAAAACGUUUCAAAUCGUUCAUUGAUUAGGCAAUAAUGUGGAAUUUUUGCAAAUUCUGAUCAAUAUUAUUUGUAGAAUGUCGUUAAAAGCUCUUGAAAUUAACGAAGUUUUAACUGACAGUCCAAGUUUCAAGCAGAAACUAGCUGACCACAAGGCAGAGUUGGAUCAAACAAACAAAUACAUAAAAUCGUUGCACGAAGCUUGCAAAAAUGUAUUUGACACUGCUAAAGAUUUAAGCGAUAAACAGCUGCAUCUAGCAAAAAUUUUAGAGGAUUUUAAUCUCAAAUUCGCGGGAACCCAAUCCGGGGACGAUAAAGUCUUACAAGAAUCAUUCCAGAAUUUCGCUCAAUUACUAAAGCAGGUUGAAAAUGAACGCGAUUUGUUUUUAAAAUCAGUGGAAGAUUGUAUUCUUAAUCAAUUCGAAAGCUUUCGGAAAAAAGAGCUGGGUAACGUUAGAAAGGAGAGUAAAAAUUAUGAGGCUUCCUGUAAAAAAUUUAGUAAUGUUUUAAACAACUAUUCUAAAAAUAAAUAUUCGACGGAUAGUUCUCUGAGAGAAUUUGACGAAAUGUUCGCCGACGAACAAAGAAAAUGGAACGAUCAGGCUGCUAAUUAUAUAUUAAAAGUCUUAGAGGUUGAGGAGAAGAGAAAAAUGGAACUUUUUAAGAUUAUGCAGACUUAUAUCAACGUUUGGUUCAAUUUCUAUCAUGUUGGCUUUGAAAAGAAAAAAGAUAAUAUGAAUGAUAUAAAUAAAUUUCAAUUAAAAAUUCAACACUGUGAGAUGAAUUUUCAGCAGUUUCAAGAGGAUGCAAAUAAAUUGAAAGAAGUUACAUUUCUUUCGCGGAAAAAGAAGGGAAUAGAAAACGGACUUAGCGAUGUUCAAUUACAUGACGAUAAAAUUCCUGUUAGUUGUGAAGGAACUCUUUUCCUGUCUCAGAAGAAAAAUCUUAAAAAUUUAAAAACCAUGGCUAUUAACAUAAGUUCGUCACCCGUUUGCAAAACUUUUUGUGAAUAUAGAGAUUCGCGACUUACUGUUAAACAAGAAAAUGGUACAGAAAACACUUAUUUAGUUUCACAGGGCAUGAGGAAAAUGUUGGGCGAUCAAGGGACUGAUAGACGAUAUUGUUUUGAAGUGAAUGCUCAAAAGCAGGAUAAGUCACCAGUGACACUGACAUUUAUAGCAAUUACGGAAGGCGACUUGAAAACAUGGUUAAAUACCAUAAAUAAACAUCCUGUCGACUCAGAAGUAAAAGUAGUAAAAAGACUUCCAAAUUUCGACGAUGUCGGUACUAAAUUUGUUGAAAAAUGUAUUGAAAUUAUUGAAAAGUCGGCUGCAACCGAGCAAGGAAUUUAUAGACUUCCAGGGGUGGCCACCAAAGUGCAAAAGCUCGUGAGUGAUUGUAUCGAUAAGAGGAAACCAUUAUCUAUUCUGGAAGGAACGGAGAUUAAAGUAAUUGCCUCGGCUUUAAAGCACUACUUUCGUGAGCUACCUGAACCUCUUUUAACCUUUGAACUAUACGAAAGCUUCUUAUCUGCUGCUAAAAUGGAAUCAAAAUUACUAAUGAUUUCCGACAUACAUAGAGCUAUCUACCAACUACCAGAUGCUAACUUCGAUAUACUAAAAAUCCUUGUUAAGCAUCUUACCACCAUUGCUGCACAUUCCAUAACAAAUAAAAUGACGGCUGCUAAUUUAGCAGUUGUUUGGGCACCAAGUCUUUUAAGGCCUCGGGUUCAAACAAUUGAGGGUAUAAUAGAGACGAAAUUUGUUACGGCCACCCUGGAGGUUCUAAUCAAUAACUAUGAAGUUAUAUUUGCCGGUCCACUUAAGGAUGGGGCAGCACCUCCCCCUCCACUGGAACCUGAUUUAAAUGGAGCUAAAAGAAAGAGCCCAGGACGAAGUAAUGAAGAUCUAGGUCCUAAAGAUGUAAUGAGUACUUCUUAUCCAACUAACUCACCAGGUUUGUUUAUGUCUUAUCUUUCCUCUUCUGUUCAAAUGAUAAGUUUCUUUCUGUCGUUAGAUGAUGAAACCUCUUGAAUUUUGUAGCUUGCUCUAUAAUAUUUAUAUAUAAAUAUAUAUAGAGAGAGAAUGCGAUUGCUUAUAACGCAUUUGAUAUCAAAUUUUACUCAUCAAUCUCGUCAUAUAAUACCGUUUUAAAUGGCCUUUGAAGCCUAACUAUAAUUAUUAAAGAAUUAAAGAUUCCAGUUUGCAUAGACAAUAUCUUUAACUGCCAUAAUUUUUUAAAAAUUGUCAAAUCUGUUUUUUUACAAUUAUAGACAAACAGUGAAUUUUUUUAUUUUUAUUGCUUAGCCUUAAAUUCUUAAAAAUUAUUAUGUAAAUAUAUGUUCGUUUCACAUAUGAUAUAUAUGUAUAUAGAAAAAAAAUUCCUGGAUUUUCUCUUCCGUGAUGAGCAACUAAAAAACUUUUUUUUCUCUAAAGAACUAGUUAAAUAUCAAUUGCGUUUAAUAAUUAUUAUUAUUCUUAUUGCCUAAUCAAAGGCCAAUCAAUGUUACCAGAAGUCAGACUGCUGUGUAAAAUUGUAUGCAUGGCCUGUUUCCCCAUUUCCCUUGCACAAUUUGCUUUCGCUUUGCACAGAAUUUACUGGAGCCGUAUUAGUUAGAUGUCCCAAGAAGACCUUAACCCCGACCGUUACCCAACGCCGCUUUGUCUCAACCAGCGCUGAAGAUCUUAAUGGCAAAAGACAAUAUCCUGUUACCACAGCAUCAAAACCAAACGCCAACAAAUUCGAAUUCAGCUCAUCCUCAUCAUCCGUUUCUUCUCCUCAUACAAGACUAUCUCCUCCUCAGCCUCAACGGUCACCAUUGCCAAGUCGUCAGGUUCGAGCGCUCUAUCCGUGUGAAGCUGAUGAAGACGGUGAAUUAACCUUUGGAGUAAGUGAUGUAAUGCAUGAAGUAGAGAAAUGCCACCAAGAAAAUUGGCUGAAAGCGACAGAUAAUAAAGGCCGAAGGGGUAGAAUACCAAGAAAUUACGUUGAAUUUAUUUGAAUUAGGUAAUUUCUUAACUAUGCAGAAAAGAUUAAAUAUCCCAAAGAUGUCUGCUUUUCUAGUCGUAAGCAUAUUUUAAAAACUGCAGAACUUUUUAAUUUUAAUUUAGCGGGCUCGAUUGUUGACAAGUAACUAAAAACACUAUUGUUGGUUUUGAAACCGUUCUUGGGUAUCGCUAUUACUUAGCUUUAUUUACUUUUUUUAGUAUUGAUGAUCUUUAUCAUAUUUAAACCAUGAUAUUUGCUAUAAAAUAUUGCUUGAAAAGUUUGUACGUUGUUUAGUAUUUUUCAGUUAUAACAGGCUAAUUAAUUAGUGAUUGUAUAAAGUGUUUAAGAUCAAAGAAUGCCAUAUUCAACUUGAAGAAAGUGCUGACAUAGCAAGUUUUACAUUAAAACGCUUUAGGUGAAGUCAUUUUGUGUUAACAUUGUAUAAGUAUAAUUAAUAGUAUAAGUUAAUUCAUACCUCAAAGACAUUUCUUAUAUAAUUAAUUUAAUAAUGAUUUGUAUGCUUUUCCUUUUAAAUUUGAUCAAUCGUCAACCAAGCUGGAAACUUGGAAUUUUUUUGGUCAUAUUUUGAAUAGUUCAUUUAUUUAAACCUAAACAAGAAAUUUCAAAACAACAAUCUGCAUAAAAUAUAAUUAAUCGGGCAUUCUUGUUUCGUAACAUACUUUGAAAUACUCAUCAAUGUAAAACUGUUAUACAUACACUAUACAAUAUAUACUGUAUAUACAGUAAAAAUUUAGUGCAUAUACUGUAUAUAUGUAUACAAUGUCUAUUUUACAUUUAGUGAGCUUUUUUGCAGCUUAACCAUAAUAUAUCUAGUUAAGAUAAUACUUUAUGCUUCUUUUAUUUUCUAAAACAUGUUAUAUCUAUAUAUAUAUAUAUAUAUAUAU